AUGGAUAAAGCAGUUGGAGAAGAAUAUAUAAACACUGCGCAGCGUCUAAGCUUGCAGUUGCCCACUGCUGCUGAGCUUAAGGAAGCUAGUCGUAGCAUUGAGACUCUGGCCACUGAACACAAUCUGCAGCUCUAUCAGCUGGCAGCUGGUAAGCUCUUUGGAAAUGUACAACCAGACGCUGCAUUCUCAGCAUUGGAUUGCUAUGCCAUGGCCAGAUAUAAUAUAAGGGAGCACGCAUACUUGCGCGCAGAAGUUUGGCUCAGGCUAGCGCUGGCCAAAUACCAAAAGAAAGAUAUAGGCCUAAAUGCGCUUUACGGGCUGGCUCAGAGCAACAUGGAUAAGUGGCUGGCCAUACUGCUGAUUAAGCGCAGACAGUAUGAUGCUGCCUUGCGGCAUGUGAACAGCCCAUCUUAUGGUAAAUCCGCCACUGAUCAAGUGCUUCAACACUAUGAGAGUAAAAUGCAGUUCAAGCAGAACUGUAAUACAAACUUGCAACGUCCAACUCAUUUGCAUUGUCGUUAUAAUACGACGACCACGCCCUUUCUGCGCAUUGCGCCACUUAAAAUGGAGGAGUUGAGCAUGAAUCCUUAUAUGGUUAUCUACCACGACGCUAUUUCCAACAAAGAAAUUGAAGUGCUGUUAAGUAAACAUUUGCAGUUUAAGCCCGCUUUAGUAUCGGAUGAACGCAUAAGUCAUCAACGCAGCGCCAAAGAUGUUGUAAUUGAUUAUUCUGACGCAACCGUUAAUCAGGCAAUUUAUGCAAGACUGCAGGAUAUGUCGGGCAUUGAGGAUAAAGGCACCAAAUUGCUUUCCUUAAUCAACUAUGGCAUAGGCGGACAUUACGAUUUGCACUUGGAUGCCUAUAACAGCAGCCAUGUUGGAGAACCAGAUCGCAUAGCUACCUUACUGUUCUAUUUGGGAAAUGUUGAAGCAGGCGGCGCUACCAUUUUCCCUAAUCUCAAGCUAACCAUCAAGCCGACAAAGGGCAGUGCGUUAUUCUGGCACAAUCUCAAGAGUGAUGGCAACAUACAUGAGAAUACACUACACGCUGCAUGUCCUGUAAUAGUAGGCUCCAAGUAUGUGCUAAGUAAAUGGAUUGAAAAUGUUUAGUUUCGAUUUUGAAAUAAAGCAAAUGUUCUUUAAUAUCACCC